GAGGAGGCCGGGCAGGUGCCCCCCGGCUCGGAGGCUGAUUGGCAGGUGCGGGAGUGGGUGGGGAAGGCGGGGGCUGGGCCUGGCGCUGCGGGAGGCUGCGGCCCCGCCUCCCCGCCCCCGCCGCGGGACUAUCUGGUCCCGGCAGCAGCGAUGUCCCCCGGCAGGAAUGUCCCUCCUCAGAUAAUGUUAUUUAUAUCUCUGGGCGGGUCCGCGGCUCGGCAGCACCAGGCGCCCGGCGGCCGCUGUGCCAGGAGCCCCGCGCUGCCUUCCUCCCCCUGCGCCGCCGCUGCCGCCCCCCGGCUCGGGGUGGCCGCCGCUCCAGCCCCCCGCGCAGGGACCCUUCCAUGAAGACUGAGGCAGGCAUCAUAGCUGCCGAGAGCCUGCUGACAUGACAUCGGCCACGGAGUUUGAAAACGUGGGCAACCAGCCACCGUACAGCCGGAUCAAUGCCCGCUGGGAUGCCCCAGACGAUGAGCUGGAUAAUGACAACAGCUCGGCCCGGCUCUUUGAGAGGUCCCGGAUCAAGGCCUUGGCAGAUGAGCGGGAAGUGGUGCAGAAGAAGACCUUUACAAAAUGGGUGAACUCCCACCUGGCCCGAGUGUCCUGCCGGAUCAGUGACCUCUACAAGGACCUGCGGGACGGGCGGAUGCUCAUCAAGCUGCUGGAGGUGCUCUCCGGAGAGAUGCUGCCAAAGCCCACAAAGGGGAAGAUGCGCAUCCACUGCCUGGAGAACGUGGACAAGGCCCUGCAGUUCCUCAAGGAGCAGCGCGUGCACCUGGAGAACAUGGGCUCGCACGACAUCGUGGACGGCAACCACCGUCUAGUCCUCGGCCUUAUCUGGACCAUCAUCCUUCGCUUCCAGAUCCAGGACAUCGUCGUCCAGACUCAGGAAGGUCGUGAGACGCGCUCGGCCAAGGACGCAUUGCUGUUAUGGUGUCAGAUGAAGACUGCAGGCUAUCCCCAUGUCAACGUCACCAACUUCACCUCGAGCUGGAAGGACGGCCUGGCCUUUAACGCCCUGAUCCACAAGCACCGGCCUGACCUAAUUGACUUCGAUAAACUGAAGGACUCCAAUGCACGGCACAACCUGGAGCAUGCAUUUGAUGUGGCCGAGCGCCAGCUGGGCAUCAUCCCACUCCUGGACCCCGAAGAUGUCUUCACAGAAAAUCCCGACGAGAAAUCCAUCAUUACCUAUGUGGUAGCGUUCUACCACUACUUCUCCAAGAUGAAGGUGCUAGCGGUGGAAGGCAAGCGUGUUGGCAAGGUGAUUGACCACGCCAUCGAGACGGAGAAGAUGAUCGAGAAGUACAGCGGGCUGGCCUCCGACCUGCUCACGUGGAUCGAGCAGACCAUCAGCGUCCUGAACAGCCGCAAGUUUGCCAACUCGCUGGCAGGCGUCCAGCAGCAGCUGCAGGCCUUCAGCACCUACCGCACCGUGGAGAAGCCGCCCAAGUUUCAGGAGAAGGGGAAUCUGGAAGUUCUACUGUUUACCAUCCAGUCCCGCAUGAGAGCCAACAAUCAGAAAGUGUACACACCCCAUGACGGAAAGCUCGUGUCUGACAUCAACAGGGCCUGGGAAAGCCUGGAAGAAGCAGAAUAUCGGCGAGAGCUGGCCCUGAGAAAUGAGCUCAUUCGACAGGAGAAGCUGGAGCAGUUGGCGCGGCGUUUUGACAGAAAGGCAGCGAUGAGAGAGACGUGGCUUAAUGAAAACCAGCGCCUCGUGGCCCAGGACAACUUCGGGUACGACCUGGCAGCCGUGGAGGCUGCCAAGAAGAAGCACGAGGCCAUCGAGACAGACACUGCGGCCUAUGAGGAGCGGGUGAGGGCCCUGGAGGACCUGGCCCAGGAGCUGGAGAAGGAGAAUUACCACGACCAGAAGCGCAUCACGGCCCGCAAGGACAACAUCUUGCGCCUGUGGAAUUACCUGCAGGAGCUGCUGAGGGCCCGGCGCCAGAGACUCGAGACAACUCUGGCGCUACAGAAGCUUUUUCAGGACAUGCUGCACAGCAUCGACUGGAUGGACGAGAUCAAGGGUCACCUUGUAUCUGCUGAAUUCGGGAAGCACUUGCUGGAGGUCGAGGACUUGCUGCAGAAGCACAAGCUGAUGGAGGCUGACAUCGCCAUCCAAGGGGACAAGGUGAAAGCCAUCACUGCAGCCACUGCGCAGUUCACCGAGGGCAAAGGGUACCAGCCUUGUGACCCCCAGGUGAUCCAGGACCGGGUCAGUCACCUAGAACAGUGCUUUGAGGAGUUGAGCAACAUGGCGGCAGGGCGCAAGGCCCAGCUGGAGCAGUCCAAGCGGCUCUGGAAGUUCUUCUGGGAGAUGGACGAGGCUGAGAGCUGGAUCAAGGAGAAAGAACAGAUCUACUCCUCUCUGGAUUACGGCAAGGACCUGACCAGCGUGCUCAUCCUGCAGCGCAAGCACAAGGCCUUUGAGGAUGAGCUCCGGGGGCUUGACACCCACCUGGAGCACAUCUUCCAGGAGGCUGAGGCUAUGGUGACACGCAAGCAGUUUGGGCACCCACAGAUCGAGGCCCGAAUCAAGGAGGUGGCCGCCCAGUGGGACCAGCUGAAGGAGCUGGCCGCCUUUCGAAAGAAGAACCUCCAGGAUGCGGAGAACUUUUUCCAGUUCCAGGGCGACGCAGAUGACCUGAAGGCCUGGCUCCAGGAUGCCCACAAGCUGCUGUCCGGGGAAGAUGUGGGGCAGGAUGAAGGUGCCACGCGGGCCCUGGGGAAGAAGCACAAGGACUUCCUGGAGGAGCUGGAGGAGAGCCGAGGGGUGAUGGAACAUCUAGAACAACAGGCCCAGGGUUUCCCUCAAGAAUUUCGGGAUUCUCCAGAUGUGACCAGCCGGCUGCAAGCCCUCCGGGAGCUCUACCAGCAGGUGGUAGCUCAGGCAGACCUGCGCCGGCAGAGGCUGCAGGACGCGCUGGACCUAUACACAGUGUUCGGAGAGACGGACGCCUGUGAGCUGUGGAUGGGCGAGAAGGAGAAGUGGCUGGAACAGAUGGAAAUCCCGGACACGCUGGAGGACCUGGAAGUGGUGCAGCACAGGUUUGACAUCUUAGACCAGGAGAUGAAGACCCUGAUGGCUCAAAUCGACGGCGUGAAUCUGGCUGCCAACAGCCUGGUAGAGAGUGGUCAUCCACGCAGUGGGGAAGUCAAGAAGUGCCAGGACCACCUGAAUACCAGGUGGCAAGCGUUCCAGACCAUGGUGUCCAAGCAGCGGGAGGCCGUGGAUUCGGCCCUCCGGGUACACAACUACUGCGUGGACUGUGAAGAGACCAGCAAGUGGAUCGAGGACAAGACGAAGGUGGUGGAGUCCACAAAGGACCUGGGCCGGGACCUGGCGGGUGUCAUUGCCAUCCAGCGAAAGUUGUCAGGGCUGGAACGCGACGUGGCCGCCAUCCAGGCCCGCGUGGGUGCCCUGGAGCGGGAGUCACAGCGACUAAUGCAGUCCCACCCCGAGCUGAAGGAGGACAUUGGGCGGCGACAGGCGUAUGUGGAGGAGCUGUGGCAGGGCCUGCAGCAAGCCUUGCGUGGCCAGGAGGCGUCACUGGGUGAAGCCAGCCAGUUGCAGGCCUUCCUGCAGAAUCUCGAUGACUUCCAGGGGUGGCUGUCCAUGGCACAGAAGGCCGUGGCCUCUGAGGACAUGCCCGAGUCUCUCCCCGAGGCCGAGCAGCUCCUACAGCAGCACGCGGCCAUCAAGGAGGAGAUUGACGGGCAUCAGGGGAGCUACGAGAAUGUGAAGGCCUCUGGGGAGAAGGUGAUCCACGGCCAGACAGACCCAGAGUAUCUGCUCUUGGGUCAGCGGCUGGAGGGCCUGGACACUGGCUGGGAUGCCCUGCAGCGAAUGUGGGAGAGCCGCGGCCACUCCCUUGCCCAGUGCCUCGGCUUCCAGGAGUUCCAGAAAGAUGCCAAGCAGGCAGAAGCCAUCCUCAGCAACCAGGAAUACACUCUGGCUCACUUGGAGCCCCCCGACUCCCUGGAAGCUGCCGAGGCUGGGAUCAGGAAGUUUGAGGACUUCUUAGUGUCCAUGGAGAAUAACCGGGACAAGGUCUUGAGUCCUGUGGACUCUGGAAACAAGCUAGUCGCUGAGGGCAAUCUCUAUGCGGACAAGAUCAAGGAGAAGGUGCAGCUGAUUGAGGACAGAUACAUGAAAAACGAUGAGAAGGCCCAGGAGGCCUCAGUUCUUCUGAGAGACAACCUGGAGCUGCAGAACUUCCUGCAGAACUGCCAGGAGCUCACACUCUGGAUCAACGACAAGUUGCUCACCUCCCAGGAUGUCUCUUAUGACGAGGCGCGGAACCUUCACAACAAGUGGCUGAAGCACCAGGCCUUCAUGGCCGAGCUGGCGUCCCACCAGGGCUGGUUGGAGAGCAUCGACGCGGAAGGAAAGCAGCUGAUGGAGGAGAAGCCCCAGUUCACGGACCUGGUAUCACAGAGGCUAGAAGCCUUGCACCGGCUCUGGGAGGAGCUUCAGGCCACCACGCAGGAGAAAGCCAAGCAGCUCUCGGCUGCCCGGAGCUCUGACCUGCGCUCACAGACGCAUGCCGACCUCAACAAGUGGAUCACCGCCAUGGAGGAGCAACUGCGCUCAGAUGACCCUGGCAAGGACUUAACCAGUGUGAACCGGAUGUUAGCUAAGCUGAAGCGUGUGGAGGACCAAGUGAACGUGCGGAAGGAGGAGCUGGGGGAGCUGUUUGCCCAGGUGCCCGCUCUGGGAGAAGAGGCAGGAGAUGAAGACCUGGGCAUUGAGAAGCGGUUCCUGGACCUUCUGGAGCCCCUGGGGAGGAGGAAGAAGCAGCUGGAAUCUUCCAGAGCCAAGCUGCAGAUCAGCCGGGAUUUAGAGGACGAGACGCUGUGGGUGGAAGAGAGGCUGCCUCUGGCGCAAUCGGCCGACUAUGGCACUAACCUGCAAACUGUGCAGCUGUUCAUGAAGAAGAACCAGACGCUGCAAAACGAGAUCCAAGGCCACGCACCGCGGGUAGAGGGUGUGCUGAAGAAGGGGCGACAGCUGGUGGAGGCAGCGGAGAUUGACUGCCAGGACAUCGAGGAGCGCCUGGGCCACCUGCAAAACUCCUGGGACACACUGCGGGAGGCGGCAGCUGGGCGGCUGCAGCGCCUGCGUGACGCCAGCGAGGCCCAGCAGUACUACCUGGAUGCAGGCGAGGCCGAGGCCUGGAUCAGCGAGCAGGAGCUCUAUGUCAUCUCUGAUGAGACCCCCAAGGACGAAGAGGGCGCCAUCGUGAUGCUGAAGCGGCACCUGCGGCAGCAGCGAGCGGUGGAGGAAUACGGCAAGAGCAUCAAGCAGCUGGCCGGCCGCGCCCGGAGCCUGCUGGCUGCAGGCCACCCCGAGGGGGAACAGAUCAUCAGGCUUCAGGGGCAGGUGGACAAGCAGUACGCGGGGCUGAAGGACAUGGCAGAGGAGCGCAAGCGGAAGCUGGAGAACAUGUACCACCUGUUCCAGCUGAAGAGGGAGGCCGAUGACCUGGAGCAGUGGAUUGCGGAAAAGGAGCUGGUGGCCUCGUCCCCAGAAAUGGGGCAAGACUUUGACCAUGUCACCCUGCUCCGGGACAAGUUCCGGGACUUUGCCCGGGAGACUGGCGCAAUCGGGCAAGAGCGGGUGGACAACGUGAAUGCCAUCAUAGAGCGGCUCAUUGAUGCGGGCCACGGCGAGGCGGCCACGAUUGCGGAAUGGAAGGACGGGCUGAACGAGAUGUGGGCCGACCUGCUGGAGCUCAUCGACACGCGCAUGCAGCUGCUGGCCGCCUCCUACGACUUGCACCGCUACUUCUACACCGGCGCCGAGAUCCUGGGCCUCAUCGAGGAGAAGCACCACGAGCUGCCCGAGGACGUGGGGCUGGACGCCAGCACCGCAGAGUCCUUCAACCGGGUGCACACGGCCUUCGAGCGGGAGCUCCACCUGCUGGGCGUGCAGGUGCAGCAGUUCCAGGACGUGGCCACCCGGCUGCAGACGGCGUAUGCGGGGGAGAAGGCUGACGCCAUCCACAACAAGGAGCAGGAGGUGUCGGCCGCAUGGCAGGCACUGCUGGAUGCUUGCGCCGGGCGUCGCACGCAGCUGGUGGACACGGCCGACAAGUUCCGCUUCUUUAGCAUGGUCCGCGACCUCCUCUCCUGGAUGGAGAGCAUCAUCCGGCAGAUCGAGACCCAGGAGAGGCCUAGGGACGUCUCCUCUGUGGAAUUGCUCAUGAAGUACCACCAGGGCAUCAGAGCCGAGAUCGAAACCCGCAAUGACAACUUCAGUGACUGCAAGAAGCUGGGAGAGUCGCUACUGCAACGGCAACACCAGGACUCGGAGGAGAUCAAAAAAAAACUACAGCAAGUGGAGUCCAGGAAAGCAGAGAUGAAUGAAAAGUGGGACACGCGCUGGAAGGAUCUCUGCAUUCUGCUGGAGGUGUGCCAGUUCUCCCGGGACGCCUCUGUGGCCGAAGCGUGGCUGAUUGCCCAGGAGCCCUACCUGGCCAGCCAGGACUUCGGGCACACCGUGGACAGCGUGGAGAAGCUCAUCAAGAGGCACGAGGCUUUUGAGAAGUCCACAGCCAGCUGGGCUGAACGCUUCGCGGCCCUGGAAAAGCCCACGACGCUGGAGCUCAAAGAACUCCAGACCCCUGAGAGGCCCGCCGAGGAGCCGGGGCCUCAAGAGGAGGAAGGCGAGACAGCAGGGGAGGCUCCCCGACCCCACCGUGCAGCCACCGAGAGAACGUCCCCGCAGGGGGAAGAGAGUCAGAGGCCUCGGGACCCGCAGCCACCUCCUCCACAGGGGCCGCCCCCGCACGGGCAGCAGCAGAAGGGCGGCAGGGAUGAGAGGCCGGCCACUGAGUCCGGCUUCAAGGCUCUGGACACGCCUCUGAGCGAAGGCGACGAGCCAGCCACGCUCCCGGCACAGCGGGACCCCGGGUACAGCGUGCAGAUGGAGGGUUACCUGGGCCGCAAGCACGACCUCGAGGGGCCCAACAAGAAGGCAUCCAACAGGUCCUGGAACCAACUGUACUGCGUGCUCAGGAACAGCCAGCUGACCUUCUACAAGGAUGCCAAGAACCUGGCGCUGGGGGUGCCCUACCACGGGGAGGAGCCCCUGGCGCUGAGACAUGCCAUCUGUGAGAUCGCUGCCAACUACAAGAAGAAGAAGCAUGUCUUCAAGCUGAGGCUGAGCAAUGGCAGUGAGUGGCUCUUCCAUGGCAAGGAUGAGGAGGAGAUGCUGUCUUGGCUGCAGUGCGUGAGCAGCGCCAUCAACGAGUCCCAGAGCAUCCGCGUGAAGACGCAAAGCCUGCCCCUUCCCUCCAUCACCGGCCCGGACACCACCCUGGGCAAGAAGGACAAGGAGAAGAGAUUCAGCUUCUUCCCCAAAAAGAAGUAGCCUCUGGCGGCACCCCGUGCACUGGGCCGGGCCGGGCGGGGCACGGGGUGCCGCAGGGUGUGGGGAACAGCAGGAACUCCCGCCGCCCCGGAGGGGCCUGACGCCCCUGGCCCUGACCUCAGCCGUGGCCGAUUCUGCUCGCGCCCGCCUCCCGGGCCGCCCACUGCCUGCCCCCGCCUGCUCCGAGCCGCCGCCCGGCGGGCCCGGGGCCCCCGCUGCGCUGCAAUAGCUGCCUUGGCCCGCCCGGCGGCGCCCAGGAUCCCGCCUGUCGCCUGCGCCGCGCUCCAGCUCCCGCAGCCGCGCCCUGCUGCCGAGGGCCAGCUUGGGGCGCCUGGCCGCGACUCCUGGUUCCCCGGGCCUGGGGACAGGAAAGGCUCUCCCAGGCACACUCUCGCCCUCCUCCCCUCCUGCUGGGCUGAGGGCAUGCCAGCCCCCCACCCACACCCACCCCAGGAAAGCUGCAGAAGGCUGAUGGGGGGUGGUCCUCAAUCGCUGUCCACUCCCUAAGCAGGUCUUGCUUGGGGGUCACCUGGAUGCAGUUGCCACCAGGCCAAAGGGUAGGGGAAGAGGAUGUCGGAAAUGUGAGUCCAGCUCUGGCCAGGGGCCCGCUGGGGACCCUGAGGGUCUGCCAGCCCUCCCCAGUGGGCUUUCUUAGAACCAAGACUCGCCUCAGGGGACAACCCUCCCUCCCUCCCUUCCCCUCACCCCCAAAAAAGGGGCAGGGGGCACCUUGGAAGGUCUGAAUCCUGACAGUAGGGGCCAUCCUGCUGCCUCCGGCAUCCGUGGUGUCCACCGUGGGCGAGUAAGGGUGCCUGACAGUUUAGGAUGCAGGGCUGAGAGCCCUGAGGGAAGAGCAUGCUCCACCCUGCCCAGCCCAGGACUCUCCCCUCCCUAGUCGCUGCCAACAUGAGGGUUUCCUAAGGAGACGGUGCAAAGCCAGAACGGGGUUAGGAACCCAGCACCUGAACUGAAGCACCCCCAAACCAAUGUCCAGUUACGUCCUCCUGCCGCCGGUGAAAGGUUAAUCAGCUAGACAGAUGCCGAGUGUGUGGCUGGUCACCAUAGGUGGCAAAAAUUCUCACUCCAGGGACAAAAGCAAGGGCCCGAGCCUAUGAAACUCUAGCACCUUCAUGGGCUUCUCCUGAAGGUCCUGACCUUGGGUCUUGGGGGUAUCAAAUGGGUGAAGUGACCAAACACCCUUCCUCUCCCUCUACUCCCCAACUCCUACCCCCACCCCGGCUCAGCCCCAAGGGCCCUGCACCCUAGAUGCCCUGGGGAGAGCCUUUCCCCUGCACCUGGAAGGGAAAGCCCCCGUUCCAAAAGGAUUUUUCUUAAGCACUCUGAAAGCAAUACAACUCCAGUUCAGCCUCCUAACCGGGGGUCGGCCCACAGACAGGUCAAGCUGGGCACAGUCGGCAUCUGGCUGGGGAGAUCAGAGCCCGGCCUGGAUUCUGCCUUUCCCGAUUCCAUUGCCUUCCCCACACUCGGGAGGGUGCCUUUGUCACUGAGAUGCCGCCCUCCCCGGAGCGCCAGAGGCCGGCCGGCUGGGGCUCAGCACUGCCACGUCCGGUGAAGUCGGCUUUGGCAGACAAGAAACAUGGGCGACGAGGAGGUGUUCUGUGGGGUCUAACACCCCAGAACAGGCAGUCCAGUCUCUGUAGCCAAGAUCUUCGUUUGCCCUCUGCAUCUGACCCCACAGUGCUCUGCUUCUGCAGGGAGCUGGUGCAAAGCCACCAGCCUCUCUCUCCUAGGGAGACCAAGGGUGGGGGUACCAGGACAGACAGCAGGGUCCCUACUAAAGAGCAGAUGGUGGCAGGUCUACACUGCCAGCCCGAGCAGCCUUUAGGAGGGCCACCCUCGCCCCUUCGUGUGUGCCAAAGUAGUAUCUGCGAUAAGCAACCGCAGCAAGUAAUUCCACGGAGCCAAGGGUGAAAGGGCGUCAGAGACAAGAGCUAGGACCUCACCACCCCACGUCCCCAUGACAGGGCAAGGGCAGCCAGCUGCAUGUGACUCGCCAUCAAUGGCCAGCUCCCACGCAUCCCUCCCUCACGAGGCCCCAGACUCAGCCGGCUGGACAAACUUGCUGGUGCCCAGCCUCGGGGGACCCCCACACCAUGCCAGGUCUAAGUGCCCGGUGUGCUAGCAAGGAUUGUCUUCUCCUUCCAUUUUCUACUCGGCAGUGGUUUCUCUAAUAUUAUUCCCAAAAGGUUGACACAGCUCCAGUCCACACCAGCAUAAGAGGCUUCCUCCCAGGGCAGUAUAGAGGAAGCACCUUCCGGGCAUGUCAGGCGCCCCCUAUUUCUCCCACCCACACACACCUCUCCCACCACCCACCCACCCCCCAGCCUCCACCGUCUCUGGCUGAAGGGGGAGGGGGAUCACAGAGGGUCUGUGGGCUCCCCACCCUUACCCCUCUCCUUCCUGCCUACAGAGUGGGUCUCUAGGGUCUCCAAAGCUGGUCCUGGGUCCCCUCCGUCCCUUCCAUGGGAGGGGGCAGAGACCCAGAGGACCCCCUGGCUCAGUCUGCUGGACGAGCAAGCUCAGGGAGGACGCCGGGAGGAGGCGGCUGCAGAGGCCAUGGCCCUGUGGGGCACAGACCACGCAAUCUGGGGCUGGUCCUGAGGCCGCUGGGCCUCAUCCUCUACCUGCUCAAAUGUGCUUCCACCAACCAGAGGAAACCCAUUUACUAGUUUUUCUAAUAAAUCAAUAACGCUCCA